UACCGAAUUCUUUUCUCAAUCACCUUCGCUUGACAAUUUCCACUCUCUCCCAUACUUGAUUCAGCUGACGGUCAAAAAAACUGGCACCACCACACGAUGAAAAAUGGACGGCUGUUGGUAAGGCCGCUUUCCUCCCUAAUUGGAAGCAACUCCUCCCUCUUCCCGCAAAAACACAUCCACCACCCCAUUUCCCUCCAAAACUCCACCUUCCUUGCUUCAAUUCUUCAGCACUACAUCAAUUCCAGCUCCCCCUCCCAUGGCCAAACCAUCCAUGCUCAAAUCCUCAAAGCCGGGCUCCGACCCAACACCAAUGUAUCCAUCAAGCUCCUCAUCCUCCACCUGAAAUGUGGUUCGUUGGCCAACGCACGCAAUAUGUUCGAUGGAAUGCCCGGGCCAACUCUCUCGGCCUAUAACUUCAUCAUCACUGGUUACUUCAAAAAAGGCCUUGCCAAGGAAUCACUUGAGCUUGUUAGAAAGCUUGCCUUCUCUGGUGAAAAGCCAGAUGGUUUCAUCUUGUCGAUGGUUCUGAAACUCUCCGCGACCUUGGUUUUGCUAAAUCUUGCGAGGCAGGUUCAUGCUCAGAUUAUCAAAUUGAUAUGCCAGUCGGAUGAUGUCCUCAUUGCGGCUCUGAUCGAUUCAUAUGUGAAGAAUGGGAAGGUCGGUUAUGCUAGGGGCGUUUUUGAUGCAUUGUCGGAAAGGAAGCUUGUGUGUUCCACUGCAUUGAUCGUUGGGUAUAUGGAUGAAGGUUCUUUCAGAAAAGCAGAAGAGAUUUUUGACAGCUUGAGGGAGAAGGAUACUGUGGUGUUCAAUGCUAUGAUUGAGGGGUACAGCAAAACAUUGGAUACUGCUGAAAAUUCGCUUGAAGUUUAUAAGACAAUGCAACAAUUGAGUUUUCAGCCAACGAUUUCCACUCUUGUGAGCAUAAUUGGAGCUUGCUCUCUGUUGUCAGCAUUGGAGUUUGGACGGCAGGUGCAUUGCCAAGUCAUCAAGAUUGGUCUUUUUUCCCAUGUAAAGUCUGGGAGUGCACUCAUAGACAUGUACUCUAAAUGUGGUAGAGUUGAGGAUGCAAGGGAUGCCUUUGAUCACAUGCCUGAGAAGAAUGUAUUCUCUUGGACUUCAAUGAUUGAUGGAUAUGGGAAGAAUGGUAUUCCAUGCAAAGCUCUUGAACUUUUCUAUGAUAUGAGGAGAACUUACAGUGUUAAACCCAAUUAUGCUACAUUCUUGAGUGCUCUAUCGGCUUGUGGGCAUGCAGGGUUAGUAUCAAGUGGCCAAGAUAUUUUUGAGAGCAUGGAGAGGGACUAUUCACUUAAGCCAAGGAUGGAGCACUAUGCUUGCAUGGUAGAUCUAUUGGGGCGCAGUGGGAAUCUGCGUGAAGCAUACAACUUUAUUAAAAGGAUUCCUGAGAGGCCAAGUUCUGAUGUGUGGGCAGCAUUGCUUGGAGCAUCUAGGCUUCAUGGCAAUUUGGACAUGGCAGAUAUUGCAGCAAAAGAGGUGUUUGAGUUGAGCAAAGAUUGGAGACCAGGAGCUUAUGUUGCUCUCUCCAACACGUUUGCAGCUGCUGGGAAAUGGGAGGGUGUGUGCCAAGUGAGGGAGUUGAUGAAAGAGAGGGGGGUCUCUAAAGAUACUGGUCGUAGUUGGGUUGGAACAGACAAAGGUCUGUGUGGCUUCCAUGUUGGUGAACUAAUAUGAUUUUGUAUUGGAGGAAAAGAAUUUGGCUUCAAAUAAUCUGUUGAGAGAAUCUGUAAGCAAAGUAGAAUGAUUCUCAGUGUGGAUACAAGAGAGUUGAUUUUGUAAUACUACAUUGGGACAAUGAUUAUAUGACUUUGGCCUGUUAAAAAACUCGACUUUUCGUCAGCUGGUAGUUCUUUCAUCUGGAAUGGUUUCAAUUCAUUGUGUAAAAAUUCUAUACCACAAUAAUCGUGAGAAAUGUGAACAAUCAAGCACCGAACACAGUGAACUAUUGUGGCAAUGGAUGACAGGAAAGGGUUCCAGGCCUUCAACCACAUAUUUUGUGGUUAGUAUUCAAGGUCUUCCUUAAAAUAGCUUAUGUCUCUGCAAAAAGUUAUAAAAUCUUCUCAAAGGCUCUGAGAUGAUCCAUUGCUGAAGUAGCUGCUCUUGUACUUGCCUAUAUCCUGCAUUCCUCCUGAGCUGAGUAGUUGGAAUUAUGAGAUGAUAUUAUCUCCAGAACUCCUCAUCAUCUGACGGUCAAAGUAUCAAGUCAUCACAAGGUGAGACCACAGAGGAAGAGAUGAUAAAUUGCCGAAAGUAGUUCAGUUCAUACAACAUUGCAAGGCAACGAAAGACACUUGAUCAAUGACCAUUCUUUAUGUGAGGGGUGGGGAUUUGGACACAAUCCCAAACAUGUGGCCACGGCAAGACCAACCGUUUCCUAUCGAUCAACACGCGAUCCUAUCAUCUCACUCAUCUCUCAUUUCUCCCAUAGAUAAAAAGAAAUCUAAAGAAGCUCAUCUCCAAACUUGCGGAGAGGAAGCUCCAUCCAUUCCCAUGGCUUGCACCACUCUCUCAGCUGCUGCCGCCCCUUCUCAGCAGCUUUGCUCUGGGAAAAAUGGGGCCUUUUCACCAUCCCAAGCUCUUCUAUGCAAGCCUGAGAAAGGGCUGUGCUUGGGGAGGGGGAGGAUUGGGAGGAUCACUUGCCAGGCGACGAGCAUUUCUGCAGACAGAGUGCCAGACAUGGGCAAGAGGCAGCUGAUGAACCUUCUUUUGCUGGGAACCUUGUCGCUGCCCACUGUGGCGAUGUUGGUCCCCUAUGGCUCCUUCUUUGUUCCCCCUGGUUCGGGAGGAGAAGGUGGGGGAGUCGUUGCAAAAGAUGCUCUUGGAAAUGAUGUUAUUGCAGCUGAAUGGCUUAAAAUUCAUGGUCCUGGUGAUAGAACACUUACCCAAGGGUUAAAGGGUGAUCCUACUUAUCUUGUCGUGGAGAAUGACAAAACUCUUGCAACCUAUGGCCUAAAUGCUGUCUGCAC